AUGCCUGAAUCAAGAGCAAAACCUUCAUCAAGCCUUGCUUCAGAAUCAGAAAGGGUCUAUGCUCAUGAAAGAACUAGGGAAGGAUUCUAUGAUUCAAAUCGAAGCCCCCAUCAUCAUCCUCAAGAUCAUCACAAGGAAACUCAUGGAUUGCGCGAUGAUAUUGAGGAAGAAACUUCUAUCAGUGACGUGAAGGCUCCGAAUGUGUUUGAACGAGCCAAAGAGGAAAUUGAGGCUAUUGUUCAGGCAAUUCAUCCCAGGAAGGAACCUCAGGAUACUGGGAAUCAUGGUCAAGACAGGCAUUCUGCUGCAAAUGUGGAAUUAAAAUCAGAAGUUUCAGAAACUCAUUCAGAGCAUGACAGAAAGUCGCCUAAAUUUAUUGAGAGAGCUAAGGAAGACAUUGAAGCAUUUUUACAUAAAAAGAAGCCGGCAAAUCAUCAUCAUAAAGACACUCAUGGAGCAAGUGAUGACAUAGAUGAGAACACUCCCAUUAGUGAAAUUAAAGGUCCAAACGUCUUUGAAAGAGCAAAGGAAGAAGUUGAGGCCCUUGUUCAUGCAAUUCAUCCGAAGAAGGAUUCUAGAACAGACACUUCGUCAUCAAAGAAAGAAGGUGGAUUCAGGAUGUCUAUUGGAAAGGGGUUGGAAAAAAUGUGUUCUCCACGGAGCCAUAAUAAAGAUUGA